AAAACGUCCACUGACUUCAGAUUAGACAGGACGGGAUGACCGCGAAGGUCGCUGACGAAGUUUCCGCAUCUCUGCGCAGGACUGUAGACAGUAAAGAUGUUUGCGCCAGCGCAGAAUCGGCGCUUAUUUUUAAGGAUGAGCCUGUAGAGGAAGAUGAAGGGAGACAUGUUCAGAGAGGAGGCGGUGACCAUCUGUUGGAGACCAGGGACGCACCUGAGCUGCAGCUCCAGGCCGACUUGACACUCUUUACGACAACUUUACGCACGCACCCCGUGGCGUUCACCUGUAAGUUCUUGGUGGACUCCAGGAGUGCGAGAGGAGCGUGGAGGACAGGAGACGUCAUCAACGUGGUCAGCGCGGACAUCCCCGCCCCGGGACCCGCAGCAUCGCCCGACAUUUACGCAGGAGGAGGAGACGCAGUGGACGGCGCCAUGGCUCACGGCCAGCCCGACAUCAGCCACAUGUACGCGCCCACUCACCCCCACGCGGUUCCAUCCUACUCGUGCAGCGGGGAUGUGUACCAGGAGCAGCCGGCGGGGGGGUACCUGACCACCUCCACCUGCGCCGUGUCCUACCAUCCACCUCAGGGCUACAACUCCGCGCCCAAACCGGCCGUGGACAGCACCGCGCUGCUCUCCAUCAUGCCUGAGUACGGAGGCUUCUACCAGCAGAGCUGCCAGCGGGAGCUCCAGACGGCUUUCCCGGAGAGGAAGGCCCUCCCGUACAGCCUGGACCCCCUCCGGGUGGCCCCGCCUCUCACGCCCCUCAACACCAUCAGGAACUUCACGCUCGGCGCGCCAUCAACGGCCGCUGAAGGUCCGAUGGCCGCCGCUUUCCCCAACCACCAGAACCUUCCCCUCAGGCCCAUCCUAAGACCCAGGAAGUAUCCGAACCGACCGAGCAAGACUCCGGUCCAUCAGAGACCGUAUCCGUGCCCAGCGGAGAGCUGCGACCGCCGGUUCUCCCGGUCGGACGAGCUGAGCCGACACCUGCGCAUCCACACCGGCCACAAGCCUUUCCAGUGCCGCAUCUGCAUGCGGAACUUCAGCCGCAGCGACCACCUCACAACACACAUCCGCACGCACACCGGGGAGAAGCCGUUCUCCUGCGAGCAGUGCGGGAGGAAGUUCGCGCGCAGCGACGAGAGGAGGAGGCACAUGAAGAUCCACCUCCGGCAGCGGGAGAAGAAGUCCUCCGCGUCCUAG